UGGGUAAGAAGACAGCUUCAAAGUUCAAAUCUCUAGUUCAAUGGCAUUAUGUAUCUCCUUUUUCUCUUCUACCUCAUUUCUCUACAACUCCUUUACAUCUAUUUUUAUCAUCAAAACACUCACAACAAUCCACAAAUAACUUUUCUCUCAAUUUUAUUCCGCUGUUGAAACACUGCCGCACUAUUCAACACUUGAAGCCUUUGAAAUCUCUCCUCAUCGUCCACGGCCUUACAAAAAACAAACUUUUACUUGGAGAUUUUUUCAAAUCUUGUUUUCAUCUGGGUGCUCCAGGUCUAGCUCUCUCUACAUUUCAAACCAUUAAACAGCCAUGCAUGUUCUUGCAGAAUUUAAUGGUCAGAAAUCUUUGCAAUUAUGGGCUAUAUGAAGAUUUGUUAUGUCUCUACAUGAAGUGCCGAGUUUCGGGUUGCUCAUCUGAUGAUUUCACAUUUCCUUUUGUGAUUAAAGCAUGUUCGUCUUCAAGGGCACUUGGGAUUGGAAGAGAGAUUCAUUGUGUUGUCUUGAGAACAGGGUAUGACAAAAAUCUUGUUAUACAAACAGCUUUAGUUGAUUUCUAUGAAAAAAUGGCGAUAUGGAGGCUGCACGUGUAUUGAUUGAUAGAAUUCCACAACCAGAUUUGGUGUCAUGGAAUGCUUUGAUUGCUGGUUAUUCCUUAAACGGGCUUCAUCAAGAAGCAUUUGAGACUUUCAGGCGGGCCCUGGAAACGGGUUUGGAGCCUAAUGUGAGCACUUUGGCAAGUGUAAUUCCCGUGUGCACCCGUUUGGGUUUGUUUCAUAUUGGUAAAUCUCUUCAUGGCUUUAUCGUCAAAUCUGGAUAUAUGUGUGAUUUGUUUUUGGAGCCUACUUUGAUUUCAAUGUAUACCGGUGAUUUUGAUUUAUCUACUGCUAGAAAAUUGUUUGAUUCUGUGGUGGAAAAAAAUGUUACUGUUUGGAAUGCCUUGAUACCUGCUUAUACACAAAGCAAAAAGUUUUUUGAAGCUUUUGAGAUGUUCAGGGGAAUGGUCCGGGCACAACUGAAGCUUGAUUUGGUCACUUUUGUUUCCAUUAUUCCAUCAUAUGAGGGUUAUAGUUGCAUUGAUUAUGGUGAAUCCCUUCAUGCUUGUGCAGUAAAGCAUGGAUUAGAAAAUCAGCUUUCUGUGUCAACAGCGUUCUUAUCAAUGUAUGCGAAGUUUGGAAAUCUUGAUUCGGCCAAGUUCUUAUUUGAUCAGGUCCCGAUUAGAAACCUGUUGUCAUAUAAUGCAAUGAUUUCUGGGUGCGUGAGUAAUGGGCUAUGGGAUGCAAGUUUAGCUGUAUUUCGUGAAAUGAAGAUUGAAGGGUUCAACCCGGACGCAGUCUCCCUUAUCAGUGUCAUUUCAGCUUGCUCCAAACUAGAGGUCAUUUUGCUGGGUAAAUCUGUCCAUGCAUUUAGUCUAAGAAAUGGUUUACACUCAAACAUUGAUGUUUCAAAUGCACUCCUGAUGUUUUACUCUGAUUGUGAUCAACUAUCCUAUUCUUUUAAGCUAUUUCAUAGAAUGCCUGUGAGAAAUUUGGUGUCAUAG